AUGGCAGGCCUAGCGAAGGCCAUGGCAGCCAUUCAACAGAUGGAAGCAAAAGCCACCUCGAACAAGAAGAACUUCCGGCUCAUAGCCGACCCGUGCAUCAGUGUCGAAUCCUUGAAGCGGCCACUCCGUAACUAUCUAGAGUUUCACAAGAGCAGCGACAUGUGGUCGCUGGUGUGUCCGCCACCUGGCGGACCCCUCACCUUUACGUGGCACACGCCACCGAACGGAAGUUGGCUUUCGAAGUGCAUUGGACUGCUGUACGACCUCCUAGAAGUAGCUCCAAAUUCGAAGCUUCAAUCUGUGAAGCUGCUUCGGGCCUUGAAGUCUCUUGUCGAGGACAAGACCAUGAGCAUCUGUACUCGCAAGAUGACAGAGUCUGAUGUCUUGGACCGGAUAGACCUCAGCAUUCGGCUGCUCCUCUCGCACCUCCGGCAGCUCAAGCAGAACCUCUCCUUGAAGCUAAAAGUUCUUCGUAUGUGCACAGACGACGAGAAGAUGAAGAAGAUCAAUCUCACGUUGGACAAGCUGGAGCUGCCGAUGGAGCUUCUUGUUGGUGAUGCGAAGCCCUUGUUGGAAGAAGGGGAAGCGGAUGGUGAAGAGGAAAACGCAAGCCCAGUCAGGCCAUGCACGACCAUGGUGGUGUAUGAGCCGCAGCCCGCCUUCGUCAGCCCAUUGCCACAGAUUUUCGCCAAGAGCAACCAGGGCACUGGCAGGCAGGAUCACAAAAAAACUUCCGAGGACGAGUGUGUGGCAAAAGGCAAGGCCAAAGCAAAGGUCUUGAAACCCAAGGCCUGCAGUCCCAAGGCCAAGGCCGGCAGUUCCAAGUCCUGCAAGUCCAAGGCCAAAGCCAAGACUUGCAAGCCGAAGGCCAAAAGCUCCCAGCCCGACAUCGCGAAGCCUGGAGACUCCAAGACCCAAACCCAGGCCUCCAAGCCCGAAGCCUCGAAGACCUCCAAGAACGAGCUGGACAUCCUUGCAGCAGCCAUGAAUUUGGUGCCCGACGUUGCCUUGGCGAAGAAGAAGGCGAAGAACGAGAAGAAGCAGCCGAAGAUCGAAAAGAAGACCGACAAGAAAGAUGCAGUGACCAAGAAGAAUGUCCCAAAAAAAGAAGAGCCCAAGAAGCCCAAGGCUGAGAUGACAGAUGCGAAGAUGCCGAAGGCCAAGAAGUUGAAGAAGGAAGGCCCCGAGGUCGCAGCGAGCGAUGUGCCUUUCCCCAAGCUUCCCGUGAAUUAUGUGUUCGAAGCUACCACGUAUGGCGAGUGCAAAGUCGAGUUUUACAAGCAGAAGAGUUACAUCCGGAACUACGAUGCAAUGGGCAAGAAGAGCAGCAUCAUCAGCAGCUGCCACCCCAAGCACCACACCAUUUGUGAGCAGCUUGUGCCACAUGUAAAGGAAGGGAAAUCCUUGCUGGAGCUUUACCAGUGUAGGAUCGACAUUGCAGUGCGAUCAUGUCUGGAGCGGCUCGGUGUCAACAACUGCUUGGACAUCCAGCUGGUCCGUGACAAGUACUGGGUUGAGGGCCGAAAGCGUUCGGAGCACCAGGAGGAUGCCGGCUAUGCCAUCGCCCAGCUCGACCAGGUGUUCCUGCCGGAGAUCUGCAGUGGCAAAGUUCUUGCAGCUUCGUGGGCGGAGGACCCCAAGCCGAAGGUGUCGGCAGAAGCUGGGCCUGGAGUGCCGUCAGCUGCCCCUUGGAUCAACGUGCCGCUGCCACCACCCCCGGUGUUGCCGUCCUGGCCGGCUUUUCCGCCGCCGCCACCACAGCUGGAUGAGGAUGUGGAGGAUGUGGUGCACUUCGUGCCUUGGUUCCUUCACAGUGAGAAUGUUUUCUUGAGUUCUGGUGGACCAACAGAUCCCUACGAGAUUAUCCCCAUGGAGGGCGAGGACGAGAGCAAGGAGGUCGAGGGCGAGGCCACCAAGCAUCUUACCUGCGAGAUCGAGAAACUCCGUGCUGCUGGGCUAGAAGAGGAGCAGGACGACGACGAGGAGCCCAACGAUGAGGCCCAGCAGGACGACGAGGCCGAGAAGGACAAGGCCAACGAAGACGGCAGCCAGUCGGAGGAGGAGGAGGAGGGAGAGCAGGCCCUCUUCGAGCUCGCGAAGCAGGCGAGGCAGCAGGCGGAGCAGACGGAGCAGGCGAAGCAGGAGCAGGCGAAGCAGGCGGCGACGAAGCUCCAGCUCUUCGAGCCGGCAAUGCCUGUGCCGACGGAUGUCGAAGUCGAGGAAGUCCCACCACAGCCUCGGAAGAAACCAGCCGCCAAAGCAGCGAAGACCGAUGUCGAUGCCGAGGAAGACCCACAGCCUCAGAAGAAACCAGCCGCCAAAGAGCCAGCAGCGAAGACCACGGCGAAGCCCAAGAAGAAUGCGGAGGCAAAGAUGAAGGACAAGGUCCAGCCCAAACAGAUAGCCAAGGCCAAAGCAAAGAACCUGGUUCUCAAGAAGCCCUCUGCAGCUCCACAAAGCCAGAAGCGAACAGCCGACGACGACAAGGGCAAGGGUACCUCUGAGAAGAGCAAGAACAAGGGUACCUCUGACAAGAGCAAGAGUACCUCUGACAAGAAGAGCAAGGUGAUUUCCUCAUGGGCCACACCCUUGUUUGCCGAGAAGGAAGAUGCCGAGGAAGAGGGCGGCGAAGAGGAGGAGGCAGAGGUCGACGAAGAGAUCGAUGUGUUCAACACGGACCCCGAGACCCAGACGAAGAAAGACCGAGCGAAAGAUUUUAAAUUUAAGCAGAUGUACCAGAACAACCAGUUGCCCGACUGGCUCGCGGCAAAAUACCGCGAAACGCUCUCCAUGAAGGUGGGGCGUGUGGAGCAGCAGCGAAAGCUCGUGAACAUGUGCCUCGAUCGCACAAAGGAUCAGAAGCUGGUCGUGAACCUGAACAAGCCGAUGUUCAAGGAGAUGCAAGAGACCUGGACGAAGAUCCAGUCCAAGAAAGCAACAAAGACCUUAUCCAAAACACUCUUCUGUGGUAAGUUCAACCUCACAGAGGAUGCUUUCCAAGCCGGGCUCCAGGCGGGAGAGUUUUACGAAGUGACCGACGAGAAUGGCACGUGCAAGUACGGGUGGGAUACGGCCGAGCACAGUGAGACAAAAGCCAAGAAGGCUGCCAGUGUAACCGAGACAGCCGGCAAAAUUAGCAAGGAGCAGCAGGGCUUGGUGGCAGCUGUUGCCGACAAGUGGAGCAUCGGGUUGUUUCGGAAGGCCAGCAGUUCCCCCAAGGCCACAGCCUCCAGCAGCAGCGAGAAGAAGGUGCCCUUGGCUAUCAUGGACCAGCAGCCCCAGUCUCUCUCGUCGAAGGAUUGGGAGAUGGCCAAGCAGCAACUGCACAUGGCGCAGAAAGCCUUCGAGCAGAUCAAGAACUCGGCACAGAAGCUGCUGACAGGAUUGACCAAGGAGGACAAGUUUUACGAUCAGGCGGCCACGAGCGAGAAGGUCAAGAUUGAUCACAUCCAUACAUGGCAGGAGCUACCGGAUGGCUCAGAGAUCACGACCCUGAAGUACGAUGAAAUGAUGCUGGAGUUUGGCACAAAGGCCGAGCAACUUGAAGAGCAAUUCGCUGCUGUCAAGGCACAGCACUCUGUCGUCAGUGCUCGCAAAGCCUAG